AUGGCGGAGCGGACUUUAAUGAACCUUCUCGUUGCACGACAAGAUCUGCUUGAUCCCAACAAUGAUCCCAAUCUCGGGUCCUCGAGAGGAAACGCCUCCUCAACGACAUCUGAGACACUAGACACAAUUACUGGUGGAGGAGACUCUACGUCCCUAUCCUCACUUCUAUCUACUCUGCUUCCAGCAUUGGUGCUUGCAACCAUCUGGUUCUCAAUCUUUCUAAUAUUCCGCCGAACGCAGCUGCGAUGUACGUUUGCGUCGUCAAUCAAUGUGGCUCCUAGUGCAGUUGCUGAGACAAAGAUAAAUAGUGAGAAAAGUCCACAGCUUCCUACAGGGUGGGUGAACUGGGUUGGACAAUUCCUCAAAAUCUCCGACGCCCAUGUCCUCAACCAUCAUUCAAUGGAUGGCUACCUCUUCCUGCGUUUCCUACGGAUCCUCUGCGUAACAUUCUUCGUCGGAUGCCUAAUUACAUGGCCAGUACUGCUUCCUAUUCACGCCACAGGUGGCGUGGGGAAUACUCAGCUCGACGCUUUGAGCUUCAGUAAUGUGAAGGAUAAAAGCCGUUACUAUGCCCAUGCCAUCAUGGCAUGCGUGUACUUCACAUAUGUGUUUUAUACUGUAACCAGAGAAAGUAUAUUUUACGCAAACCUGCGGCAGGCAUACCUUAACUCGCCUGCAUAUGCCCACCGGAUUUCAUCCAGAACAGUGCUUUUCAUGUCGGUUCCAGAAGACUAUAAGAAUGAAAAGAAACUACAACAAGUCUUUGGGAAUAGUAUCCGUCGAGUUUGGAUCACGGCCGACUGCAGUGAACUCGAGAAAAGGGUCCAGAAAAGGGACAAGUACGCCCACCGGUUGGAGAGACUGGAGACAAAACUGAUUCGAUCGGCUAAUUCCAUGCGCUUGAAGCUACUCAAAGCUGGUAAUUUUUCAUGCACAGAUUGUGCCGAUGGCGAAGACAAUGGCUCAGCAAUGUACCAUAAGCUUCGACGCCCGACUCACCGUCCCAAGCUCCUUGGAGAAAAGGUCGACUCUAUACGCUGGCUCCGCGAGGAGCUGGUCAAUAUAUCCAAAGAAAUCGAGGGCAUGCAGAAGAAACACCAAAAUGGGGAAGCACGGCUGCUCUCUGCUAUCUUCAUCGAGUUCAACUCUCAGUCUGAUGCGCAAGUCGCGCUCCAAACACUAUCUCACCAUCAGCCACUUCAUAUGACACCUCGAUUCUCUGGUAUAUCUCCUGACGAGGUCGUCUGGUCCGCGCUAAACCUCAGCUGGUGGCAGCGUAUCGUGAGACGGUUUCUCAUCCAGGGUGGUAUAGCAGCAAUGAUUAUAUUCUGGUCCAUUCCUUCCGCGCUUGUUGGUACCAUCUCUAAUAUUUCCUACCUCACGACUGAGAUCCCAUUCUUGGGCUUCAUCGAUGACCUUCCUGGGGUGAUCAAGGGCGUGAUCGCGGGAUUGUUACCGGCUGCGGCUCUGGUCCUACUGAUGUCUCUCGUCCCUAUAAUUUGUCGAUUUUGCGCCCGGCGUGCCGGCGUUCCUUCCGCAGCCCGUGUUGAACUCUUCACUCAGACGGCACAUUUCUGCUUCCAGGUCGUCCAGGUAUUUCUCGUGACGACGUUGACAUCCGCAGCCUCCGCAGCGACAGCGCAAAUUAUCCAAGAUCCGCUUUCAGCAAAGGACCUCCUUGCCGAAAACUUGCCCAAGGCAACCAACUUUUACAUUUCCUACUUCCUCCUCCAGGGUCUAACCACCAGCUCCUUAGCCGUGGUGCAGAUCAUGAGCGUGCUCGUCUUCAAGUUUAUAACCACCUUCUUCGACGGCUCCCCUCGUCGCCUCUACGAGCGCUGGGCCGCACUCAGCCAGAUAAGCUGGGGAAAUGUCUUUCCCGUCUUCACAAACAUGGGCGUAAUUGCACUUACAUACUCCUGCAUCGCCCCUCUAAUCCUCGGCUUCUGCUUCGUCGGUCUGUACCUCGUCUACCAAGCCUACCGCUACAACUUCCUUUUCGUCUACGACAUCCGCAUCGACACAAAGGGCCUCGUCUACCCACGCGCCCUCCAGCACCUCCUAACAGGCAUCUACCUGGCCAACAUCUGCCUCAUUGGUCUCUUCGCAAUCAAAUCAUCCAUUGGCCCCCUGCUCAUCAUGGUCUUCUUCACGAUCCUCUUUAUAUGCGCACACCUCUCCCUCAACGAGGCCCUGGCACCACUCAACUCCUUCCUCCCACGCACCCUCGACGUCGAGGAAGAACUGCAACAAGCUAAAGAAGAGGAACUUGCGCUCCUCCAGACCGCACCACGGAGCAGGUGGUCCCGCGUCCUGAAAUGGUUCCAUCCGAACCUGUACCGGGAUUUCGCGGCGCUGAGGCGCAAGGUGCGCAGGGACCAUGUGGAGAUUAGGUACUCGGAUGAGGAGAGGAGGAAUGCGUACUUUGAGCCGUGUAUUACGGCUAAGACGCCGACGAUCUGGAUUCCCAGGGAUAAAUGGGGCGUGUCGAAGUUGGAGAUUGAGGAGAGUGACCCCAGUAUACCGAUCACGGAUGAGGGGGCCCAUCUCAAUGAGAAGGGGAAGAUUGUUUGGGAUAAGUUUGAUCCGAAUUUGCCGCUUUGGCAGUUGAAGACGCUUUAUUAG